AUGGAUGAAUUUGUUGAUCCAAGUUACGAGUACGAUGCGCCGAUGUUUGUCGACUUCUCGAAAGACACAGGAGAUUUAGACCCUGAAGCGGAUAAGUGGUUUGGUAAGUUUUAAUGUCUUGAUUGGCGAAAUCUUUCCCCUCUAGAAAGACGAUCGAUGUUAUUCUAAAACUUUUAUUCUUUUCAAGAUGGAAAAGCAGCCGACGAAGGUGGCUGGGUAAUCGAAGAAGAUUCUUGUGAACAACGAUCUAAUGAACCUAACUGCGAAGCAUCAAAAAUUCUAGAAGAAGUGGUGAAAGAGAGCUCGUCUUCGCAGAACGAAGAACCACGAGUGGAACAGAAAGCUGAUACUGAACCUUUAGCGGAAGCUCCUCCUAAGAAAUCAGCUCCUAAAAACUGUGUGACUUCGUGGUCAGAGUGGGUAACAAAAACCCAAACAACAACGAACGAACAAGUCAAGACGGAAAGUGCCCCUCGUCAAUCUCAAGUCAGAAAGUAAGCGUGACAUUCUAACUUAUUGUUUCUGUUAAUUUUUGGAUGGGGUUUAUAAUAUAACGCUACUCUACGUAUACGAAUUCAAACAUACAGCAAAUCUACGUGUACAUCUUUGUGCUUUUAUAUUAGUUGUUGGCACUACAUUAUAAAUCCCAAAAUGCGAUCAAGCUUUACGUGUAGAUGCACGAUUGGAGGAAAAUCUGAAAUCUGUACAAGGUAAGUUUCACCAAUACGCUUUCUCGUUCUAGGAAACGAGAGAAAAAGGUACCUGAAAGAAGAUCAGCUCGUCUGAGAACGUUGUCAACGUGUUCUAUUGCAUCAACAUCAUCCACCGUUUCCAGUUGUUCCUCUGAUGGUGGGCCAGCAAAGAAAGUCCCGAAGAUUAAAGCACCAUUGACAUUAACUGUUCCAGAUACGCCAAAUUUUAUGAGGUAACAUAAACAGCUAAUUUCAAUGGCCAUUUUGUUUGCAUGAUCAUUAGAAGUCAGCCGAAAGCCAGUUUUAAGCCUUUCACUCAGAUGAUCGUCAUGUAACUUCUCCCUGUAAUAACCAUACAUUAUCCAGCAAACAGGUUAUAAGAAUACUCCAACAAAUCAGGAAGAAGUUGUUAUCUUGAGCUAGCACUUUCUUCUCCAUUCUUUGAAACUUAGUUACAAAGAAAGAAAUGUGUAGCAGCUUGAGGCAAAUAAUUUACAACUGGAUCUGGAAAGUUGAAGGUUUAAUUAUGAACCUCUCAGGGAGAUCAUCCAGGCCUUUGUUUACAGCUAUCUGCUUUUCAAUGCUUUAAUUUAUCGUUUGGGAUUAUCCUAACCACUCUUGUUUUGUAAUUAUACUUAUGCUUACAAUUCUAGCUAACAACAUGAAUACAAUGAAGAAAAGCACCACAAACACCUAGCAUAAUCAGCUCAGAAGUGCGUUUCGCCUCUUAUUUUUUGCCAAAUUUUUUUAGGAGGGUUGCUCAAUCCAAAGGUGAUAAAACCCAAGCACAGAAAACAAGGGAAGAACAGGAGCUACAGGUCAUAGCACAGAAACAAAAGGAAAUGAUGGAAAAACUCAAACAGAAUAAAGUUUCCAUGAAGAAGGCUCUUGCAGGGCAGUCAUACAUGCCUUGUAGAUCAGCUGUUGACAAUCUUACUCGGGCUAAAGAAUUUCACUUUGCAACAGAUGAUAGGCUUGGUCCAAGUUCUCACCAUGCAAACAAUGAGGGCAAAGGAAAGGAUUUUGUUGGCUCUUUAAGGCAGCAUCCUCCUUCACCAGUAAGUGCCCAUAGUACUUCUAAUGCAAUUAAAAUGGUUGUAAUUCAAUUUCUAGUCAAUAAUUGUAAAAAAAAUUUUAAAAAAUGGUUUUACUGGUGAAAGUGUCAUCAAAAGUAACAGACUCCUUAAGAUUGUAUUUGUAUCUUGAAUGCACUUUGUUUAAUUGGGCAAGAUCUUAUAAAUCAUGUGAUUGGCAAAUAGCUACAUGCAAUAGUCUACUUAUGCAAGAAUGUUACCAUGUUUGUCUGUAUUAAAUGGAAGGUGACUUUUCCUUCAGCUGUUCCAAGGGGAUUUCUGAAAUUAAUAUUAUUUACACAAACAUGGUAAUUAAGUAAUAAAAAUGUAUCUAAUAUAUAGUCUGGUCAUGGCAAACAGUUGAUUUCUAAUUCUUACUGACAGAAUAUGCAAUCUAAAUUAAUUGUGAGACUUGAUUCUAUAUGAAAUUAAGAAUCUGUCUGUUAUGAUAAAGUGCCAACAUACAUUGUAGUUCAAAUCAUUUAAAGUGGCUUUCUGUUCUGUUCUGGGUAGACUUUCAAGAACAGGAAACCAACUGUUCCAGUGCCAUUCAAGAUGAAUGAAUCCAGGAAAAGAAAAGAACCUGAAAAUGACACUCCAUGUGGGGAGUACCAAUCAAUGGCACAAAGGGUUUAUCAAUGGCAGAAGAAGACUCCUGAGCGUUUCCAUGUGAAACCUGUCAGUGAACAGAACCAGGGGCCACCAGAUAAUAUAGAGAAGGCUUCCUUGAAGCUAACAGCUCCAAAGACGCCAAAUUUAAGGUCAAGAGAUAGGAAAAGGCCACUUUCUGUAGACUGCAUGAGUAAAGAAGAACAAGAGAAGAUUCAGGAAGCUGAGAUGAAGAGGUAACUUUGAUGAAAUAAAUGGAAAAAAUUUUUCUUGUGUUAGAAUACUAUUAAUAUGAAAACUAUGGAUAGAAAAAAACAUGUGAACAGCUGGUUUUGAGCAUCAAAGUAUUAAGGAAAUAUUCUCAGGGACACACACUAGAAAUGAAAUGGUGGUGUUCUGUGCAAUCCUUAUGGUUAGUAAGCAUUACUUAAGGACAAUUUGGCCACAUAGAAGUUCACUAUUUGUUGCCUGGAUCAUCAGAUACCCUGGGCUCAAGGUUUAAUAGAGAAUUCUUCUCCAGGAACCACAUUUGAAAAUAUUUUCCUCUAACUCAUAAUAAAAUUUGCCUUUUUACACAGUUACAAGUUCAAAGCUACUGAGCUUAACCAUAAAAUAUUUGACUGCAAUGGAACAUUAGGAGUGUACAUGGAACCAAAAAAGCCUCUUACUGCAGUUGAACCUUUUAACUUCAAUACUGAACAGCGUGCAGAGGUGCACAAAACAAAAGAACCACAGGCUGUCAUUGAGGUUUGUGUUACUUAACAAGUUAGUUGUCAACCCUAUAAUUUGUAAGUUUAUUUGUGUUAACUCAAUACCCUGCAUCUAAUUAAUAACAUAUUUUGUCAUGUCAUACCUAAAUGCAAAUGCAUUAGAAUUGUCUUGGGCGAUGUUUGCAAAAUUCUUCCAAAAACAAUUUGUUUACUUCCCAUAGGAAAAGGUACACAAAACUUCUAACACUUUUAUUUAUAUGUAGGCUGCUGAACCAGGAGAAAUAAAGGCUAAUCCUUGUCCUGACUUCACCAAUGUGUUUAAGCCUGAACUGCCACAUAAAGGAACCCAGAUACAGCCAUUUUCAUUUGAGCAGAGAGACAAGGAAACGAAGCUUAAGAAAGAGGAGAAAAUUACAGCUAUCUUAGAGGAAGAAAAGAAGGUAAAUUAAAUGCUACUCAUCUCAAAGAAACUUCAACAUUUCCACAGGCAUUUGACCGUUGUUUGUGCUAAGGGGAUUGGAAAAUUUGAAACUUGUCUGGCUGGGUGAGAAAUUUGACCUAGAAAUGUAAAGUCUUUCCAGAGGAAUAGAAUGGUUAUAUCUUUAAAGAUGGGGGUGUGUGAGGUAAACAGUUAAAUUUGCAAGCAAAUGCUUCAGGAUGAAAGAUCUACAAGAUGUUAGUUUUAAAGUGUGGUUAAUGUGUUGAAAGUCACGGUUGCUGAAUUAACCUUUUGCAUUAAAAGGAAAAAAAAAAUUGGUGGGGAAUUUUAUCAUGUUUGCCUUGCAGGGCAGGAACUUGAUCAAACCAAUCUUCAACAGUUCAAAUGCCAGGGGAGGGGUGGAAAAUUGGUGGGGCAUUUGCACACAACUUUUGCCUUGCAGGGCAAGAGGUGGUGGGAUGUUGCUCAAAAUUGAUUGAAGCACAACAUGAAGGUUGUAUUAAAUAUAUUUUCCACUAAUGACAGGCACAUGAGAACUUCCAUGCACAACCAUUGCCAAGUUUCACUCCUCCUCCUCUUCCUUCAUCAUCAAAACUCAUCACAGAACCUGUGCCUUUUGAUUUGUCAACUGAAAACCGUGGAGCUGUCAAGGCUGAGAAAUGGGGACAGCAGGUAAGAAGCAUGUUGUGAGAGCUGAGACAGACAUCUUUAAACUGAAGCACUGUCCUCUGAUAAAUGGUGUCCAUUCUGAUUUGUCUUAAAUAAGUUACAUUGUGAUCUCAUUACCUGGAACAGAAAAAUUGUCAGUUACAUGGCCAACACUACACCAGUUAAGAAUGUUUAAGUUCACAUAAAAGAGUGUAACACUGAAGUUAACUCAAUUUUUAAGGCUUGAACUUUCUUACUUAACAGAAAUUUGAGAAAAGUCUUUUUUUUGAGAAACAUUCUCUCUCUGACAGGGAAGUAAUCAUUUGACUGAAUAUCCUUUCUUGUUCCACUUUAGCUGCAGCAAGAGAUUCAGGAGGAAAGAAUGAAGAGAGUGUUUAAAGCUCGAUCCACCAAUGUUUUGUACAAUGCUCCAUUCAUACCUGACAAGUCCAUGGUCAAACCAAAUACAAAAAUUGAAGAAUUCUCUAUGAAUUCGGAUAAACGCGCUAAGGAAAGAGAAGUGUAUGAGAUGCAUAAGGCAGAGAGAGACCAAGAAGAGGAGGAGUUAAGGAAACAGAUAGAAAAAGAACAUGAAGAGGAGGAGAAGAUUUACUUGAAGAACCUGCGCAAACAACUAGUACAUAAACCAAAUCCCAUACGCAAAUAUCGUCCAGUAGAGAUCAAACAGAGUGAGAAAGAGCUUACAAAUGCACAAUCGCCCCAAUGGCAUUCAAAGAAGAGAAGAAAAAUGCGAGUAUGAUUGAUUUAGAACAGCAUGUUUUCAACAUAGAAAUUGUUAGCAAUUGUUUUUUGAUACAGGUAUUUUAUGAAAUUAUGACUCAGUAAGAGUGUGUGGCAGGUUGUGAUUGCAGAAUGAAUUGAUUGUGCUUGAGAAAGGCUUUGUUAAAAAAAUGUCAUAAGUCAUAUCGCAGAAAGCAGCAGUACAAUUAAUGUCAAAUAGUUAGUUUGUAAAAAAUUAGUAAAAUUUAAUUUGGUCUGUAAUAUUUCCAAAAGUGACCAACAUUUUAAUUCUUAUCCCUGUUACUUGCAUAAAAUCACUCAAUUUUACUUGUACAUUCGUUUGUUUUGGAGUAAACUUUACAAUUUGCUCAUUCAAUUCUGGUAUCAUGCAAUAAAUUUAGUUUAGGAGAUUAGUUUUUCUUAGCUUUACUCUAUAAUAAGUCUAGAGAACUCUUGCUAUUCUGAACAAAUUGGAAGGAAACCAAAAAUAAUAGAAUUUUCAUGUGCUUCGAGCAGUUUGCUUGCUUUCAUUUUAAGUUCCCAUGAGUUAAUGAUAAUUUAAACUUGUUGUGACAGCAGGGAUAACUCUCAUUUUGGUUUUCCAACACUCAGUUGAAAACUUCUCUAUUGGUGAGCUAUAUUUCUCUAGGCUGAAGGUCAAGAAAAAACCACAACCAGCAAACCCCGAGAUGCCCUUUACACAUAGUGCUCCAAACAUAUCAACAACUCUUCAAUGUUACUUGUAAUUGCACAUUAAAAACAGCUCU